AAGCAACGGCAGCUGAUGAAUGCAUCGCCGGAGCGGAUCGGGGCUAGCCGUCGUGAAAAUAAUUAAUCAACAUAGCUAGCAGGACUCCCCCUUCGCGGUUCAAUUAUUUGGCGACGAAUGAAGGGAGGAGGGAUGGCUUAGCAGCCCCAGCAAAGGGCCACGAUGCCGGAGUUGGCUCGUUCUGGCCUGGAGCCUUCGCCGAGCUCCAAGCGACGAGGCGAUUUGCAAAGCGGCUGGCAUGUGGCGGCGACGUCGGUUUUCGGCGAUCGUAAGCCGAACAGCUCAUGGUCCCCACUUACUGUUCAGAAACAGUUCCUCACGUACUCCGAGAGGGGAGACCAUCUCGCUAUUGAGCAGCUUCUCAGAGACAAGAGAGCUUUGAUUAACGUGAACUGGAGGCAUGAGGAUAACGGCGACACAGCCUUGAUGAGGGCUGCACGCAGUCACGAUGAAAAUAUGGUUCGUCUGUUGCUGAUGCAUGGAGCUGAUGUCACACUCAGAAACAAUGCCCGGCAACAGGCCAUUGAGGUCACAUCCUUUAGCAUUCAGGAGUUGCUUCUGUGUCCGAAUAAGGACAAGCUAUUUGCCCAUGCAGCCUGGCAAGGUGACGCUAAAGUCGUCAAGGAGAUGCUGAGACGGACGCCUGGCGACGACAUCGUCAACAGCGAAGGUCGACCCGCUCUUCUUCUGCUUGCGGAGAGCCCUCGUGUCUUCGCAAAGCUGGAAAAAGCCCUUCUAUCAAACUAUCGCCCAGCAGCGGUUGUCCAGCAGCUAGCCAGUCAUCGGAGUGAUAUGAGCGUUUGCGACGAGGACGGUCGCAGUGCACUACACUUGGCUGUGGAAAGCAACAACGACUAUGCGCUGAGCAUUGCUGUGGCUCUAGUCGACUCUGGCUUUGAUACAGACACGAGGGACAAGCUGAGUCGCACUCCACUGCACACUGCAGCCAGCUGUGGCCAUACGGGUAUGAUGGAAAUGCUGCUGCAUCGCGGGGCCAAUGUCAACGCCGUCGAUGAGCAAGGCUCUUCCGCGUUACACCAUUCCGCUCUUGGUGGCCAUACAGAAGCGUGUAGUUUGCUACUGGAGCAGGGGGCCAACCCGGCACACAGAGACCAGGAAGGACAAUGUGCGUAUGACCUAGCGUCAAGUCCCAGUCUUCACAAGAGAUUAAAACAGGCGUGGCAGGAGUCCAGCACGGUGGCUGAAUCUGACAGUCGCCUGUGGCUGGGGAGGUUGGAUGUAGAGGCGUCGGCGGCGGGGGGUGAUGGUGUUAGCGACUCACCUGCUCACUCCGAUGACUCCAUUGCCGACGAGACGGUGGAGAAUAUCGAUGAACACUACAGCAGUGGUGAUGAGACUGAGCUACGCUACAAACCGUCUCUAUUCAUCACUGAGAAAUCACCGAGAACACUCCUGGGAUCACAUCCGAACAGAAGACAAUCGCCUACAGCUGUCGAAGAUUGGCAGCAUGAUACUGGCAGAGAGGGAUCAGCUCCUGGUGUCGGUGCAACAGAACCUGGAGACUCGACACGUGUAGUAUCCGCUGAGACGCCGGCAUCUGCGUCCCACGACAGAGGUGCACGGCACGCGCUGUCAGGCAAAGGGCGAUCACCAUUGGGGAAAGCAGCCGACGGCGACGAUGCUCCCCAAGACAGUGCACCGCAGCAGCAUGGCCAGCAGCAUACAGACCAGGCUUAUAACAGUGCAAACACAGGCACUGGCGACAUAUCUCACAGGCAGGGAGCACACGCAGCAUCAAUGAAGCCCUCUUCCGCCGACUCCCAAACACAGCAGCCGAACAGCGCGGACAGUCCGAAGAAACGACGUCGCAAGGUCCGCAAACAGCUCUCGAAACCACCGCCGGGACCCUCCAAAACAACCCCUGCACAAGGCAAACUGCUAACAUCGCGCACGAGCAAGACACAACCAGCGUCGGACCAGAAAGGCAACAGGAGAACGUCUGGAAACAAGACGGAGAGAAGAGCAGCUCCUCCAGCGGGCAUCGGCAAGAAAUCGUCAUCGUCGGGACAGCUCGAGGUGCCGUCGGCCAGAGAAAGGACUAGCAUGGAUAAGUCCGUUACAAACACACGACGCGCUCCGCCAAGGAAGAGCGCUAGCAUGGGACAAACGGAGCACAACUCAAGCGAACAUUCCAAGACGGGUUCGCCAUCCAGCACUACUCCACAACGGCCCGCCCACAUACGAUUCAAGAGCAUAGCUCCGACCGACUUCACACUGAACACGAGCAGUCCCGGGCACCAAAACCCAGGCAUCCAUCAACAGCAGCAACACCAACAGCAGCAGCAUUAUCUUGACAGCCCGCAAGGCAACACUGCACAUGUCCUUGGAGCCAACCACAUUACCUUGGGGCUACAGAAUGGAAGACGAGAUUCUUUACCAGUGAUAAACAGUAGCAAUCGUAGCCGACACAAGAGUGCAACUCAGCGAGACACCGCUAGUCAGGGCAUACCGUCAACUGUUCUGGAAAUUUCGUUUGACGACCAGAAGAAGCCUGUGGUUACGAAGUGGAAUCACGAUGCCAACUAUCUCCGCCAGAGAGCUCAGGCAGUUGACACGGACGCAGCGCAGCAAGUGGAUGGACAAACACGCAAGAGACCAACAGUGGGUGGAAGCACAACUAGUCGGCAGGGUGCCGCCGCUCGUGAGGACAACGGCCAUAAUGUCGUGCUGCCGUCGCUAGGCAACAGGGCCAAUCCUGCUGCCGUGGCAACUGCGGUACCAGCGGGAGGAAGCAGUUCAGACGACGGAACACCCCCGGCCAGAGUUCGCUCCAAGACUCUCGGACAACACACAUCCACCUCCAGUCUGGUGUCGUCGCAGCUAGCGCUCAUCUCAUCACGCAGCUCUCUACAUGAGAGGUCGCCCAAGGCACACCGACUCAACGUUGGCUGCGUGGAACUGCCGCACAUAGAUACCGGCGGCGCACGGUUGGACGGCCAUCGGCACCGCAAGUCCAGCGAUGGACUGCUCCGUCAGGCCACUACACGCAACAGCACCGCCAUGGACAGAUCACCACACCACAGCGACCACCGGCAAGCUCACGCUCAGGACCUGACACCGGUGGAGUACCGACACAACAGCGCUGCAGCACCACUGCUCACCAAGAGCAACAGCAGUCUCGGCUCUUCCGGGUCUAGUAACCAUGUCAACAGCGGUGGCUUGUUCCGCCCGGUGCAGACGGAGGAGAUAUUCGUUACGGCGAAGAACGUGCAGUCGUUUGUCGACGCCCUUGAGGAGAACGGAUUGUCGUCGGAGGCUCUGCUAUCCGCAGCCGCAGCGAUGACGCCAUCUCGACGUCCAGGAACUCUGCCACCUGUAGCUGCCGGCAACCCCACCACACCCAGGGGUACGGAUGAGUCGGAUGAGCUGCUCGUCUUGCCCAACAUCCAGGUCAGCCCCAGCACUGAGGACCUGGCCAGCGCUGGCGCCGUCGCCGCUGGCAACGACGACAGCAAACGUUCUCCCGCACCGGAGGCGCACGGCACACCCGAGGGUCUCUCGAGCAGAGCCGCAUCUGAGCUCGCGCCCGGUGCGCUGCUGCCGGACGGCUCGCUGGACCAAGCACGCCUGCUGCAGGCUCUGCGCGAUGCCCAGCGCACGCCGAACCACGCAGACAUCUCCGCGCUGGACUCCAGCAGCCCAUCGCCAGUUCAGGUGUUCAGCAGCAACGAUGAGACGUCCAAUCCAAACACGCGCUCGGUGCGCCCGCCGCACUCCCAUGACGACGAUGCGGUGCCCGUGGCAACGCCGCACGAUCGUCACGGCAACUCGGACGUGGCUGCGGUCGGCACGGUGAGAGAAGACUACUCCCCGGUGAUGACUGCCUACAUCGGAUCAGCGUCGCGCCCGCAGAGCCAGGCCUCCAUGCUGCUGCCGGUGUCGCGUGCCAGCAGCCGCUUGCUCGGCAGCCGUCCGUCGACGGCCACGCGUAGCCUGGCAACCAUGUCCCAGUCCACCUUGUCCAGCUCGAACUUCUCGGCGCUGCUCGAUGACGAUGCCAUCGACGAUGAGACGCUGGUAUUCAGGAAGGGGCGUCUGCUUGGCUCCGGCGGAUUCGGCAGAGUAUACAUGUGUAUGCUGAACAAUGGACAGACUAUAGCACUGAAGGAGAUGGAGCUGAACAGCGACCAGACCACCGCAGAAGAGGAGUUCAUGACAGUUCAGGAGGAGGUGAACACACUGCGAAGUCUGGACCAUGUUAACAUCGUCAAAUACAUCGGAGCAGCGCUGGUUGAAGGCAGCAGUGACAAUUUCAAAGUGCGCAUAUUCAUGGAGCUCAUUGCCGGCGGGUCUAUAGCCGACUUUGUCAAACAUAGCAUCCUACCAAUACGGGUAUGCCGUGUUUAUACACAGCAGAUCCUGUACGCCGUAGAAUAUCUACACGAAUUGGCUGUUGUGCAUCGAGAUAUCAAGGGUGCCAACAUCAUGGUAACCACACAGGGAAUCAUCAAGCUGGUCGACUUCGGAGCUGCCAAACGUCACUUGAACGAGAGAGAUCUCACUGACCAGUUGAAGGGCACGCCAUACUGGAUGGCACCGGAAGUGUUCCGACACGGGGUUUGUGACAAACCUGUGGAUAUAUGGAGUGUUGGUUGCACCGUAUUCGAGAUGGUCAUAGGUCACCAUCCAUGGUUUGGCUAUGAAGUGCACGCUGCCAUGUAUCGUAUUGGCUCACACUGCCUGCCCGAUGAACUGAGCACUGUGGAUUUACACCCCGUUGUCAAGGACUUCAUCAUCAGAUGCAUGACCAUGGAUCCAGCCAAGCGACCUACAGCCACUCAGCUGCUACGUAGUCACAAGUUCUUGCAGUUUCAGAACCGGCCAACGGGAGUGCUACCAAGAAUCGGCAGGGACAGCUUGCCAGAGAAGCUGCCAAGCUCUCGGGCGCAGUGGAAAUCGCCAGAAGAACGGAGAUGACCGCUGCUUUCUUCUUCAGUGAGCAACAUGCAGCAGGACCGCCCAGUGAGGCACACACGUGACGUACGGCUGUGGGCAUGAAUAAUUAUUUACCCAGUCGCGUCCCUGGCUUUCGUGGCACGAGUGAUGUGCCAGUGGUGUCGGUGAUGGCAAUCCAGAACUGACUUGAGCUUCUUGAGAACAUAGACAGCUGAUUGUGGAGCAUCACCUCCUAGCAGCAUAAUAUUGACUAAUAACAUGUGGCAGUGUACACGUGCAUUCUUCUUCAGAAAUUUAGUACCGGUUGUUGUCGCGGCAACUGCUUGGUGAACUUGAGAGUUGUUGUUCAGGUAUUAUCCAAACUUCCGUGAAGAUGUAGUUACUGCAGCACAGUGCUACAGUGAAUUAACCCUGUCGGAAGACUGUUGAGUAGCUAGGUCAUGAGUUGGCCUGGUCCUUAGAGAUCAAACUUAUUAGCUUUCAAGUGAUGCCUUGGGAGUAGCUAUCAUCUGGAAUCAGGUGAACUAAUUGCAACAGACACUGUGCAGGACUGAUGCAAAGGCUGAUGUGUUCAUUUCAGCAUCGUGUGUUAUAUUUGUCUCUGCCUCCCUUCCAUUCUCUCUCUCUCUCUCUCUCUCUCUUUUCUCUCUCUCUCUCUCUCUCUCUCUCUCUCUCUCUCUCUUUUCUCUCUCUCUCUCUCUCUCUCUCUCUCUCUCUCUCUCUCUUUUCUCUCCCUCUCUCUCUCUCUCUCUCUAUCUCUCUCUCUCUCUCUCUCUCUCUCUCUCUCUCUCUCUCUCUCUCUCUUCCGGCUUCAACCCAUCCGAUCCUUUUUGGCACCUGGCAGCAGCACCAUACUUUGUUUGAGCCGUAUUAUUUAUUCUCCUUUCACUCUUUGCGUACAACUAUUUGAUGCGUCAUGCAGUAGUAUGCAGUCAGCUGAAGUUUAUUACUCUCUCUGUCUCUCUCUGUCUCUCUCUCUCUCUCUUGCACGAUAAUCUUAUUGUACAUACUUCGAAGUACUUCGAAGUACAUUCUAACUUUUAUGCACAAGCUUCAGGAAAUUGAAA